AUGGCUACUGGUUCCCACCACCCUGGAUUCCGCCACCAAGGCGUUGGGGCGAGUCGAUCACCUCCACUCACCCAAGCCACACAUCUGCCAAAAGAAGUACCAGUCACCUUACUAGAGAUCUCAAAACUUAACCCACAAUCUAGCACCACACGCUGGGGCAACGAAAUUAUGCACGUCCUCCGACCCUUCAAGCUGGAAACCCUCCUGGACUCAAGCUUACCGCGACCACAACAACACCACGAAGACUACAGGAAGUGGAAAUACUGGACCUCGAUAGUGUCCCGUUGGCUGUUCGAUCAAGUGGAGCCCUCGAUACAACUGAAAGUCCGAGACCACGCGCCCCAACUGACCUACGCGGACGAGAUCUUCAGAUCGAUCCGAACAAUUAGUCUGCAAGCCCAUGCAUCGUAUCUUGCAGGGGAACUGGAGAAAUGGGAGGACUUGCGACGUGACCAGUAUCCCACAGCUGCCGAUUUCAUUAUGGCAUAUCAGAAUCAGUUCAAUCGACUGAAGAUGGAAAGUCAUGAGCCUACCUGUGCUGUUGCUCUGCGGCGUCUCCUUCAAGCGUUGUCCAGUGAGAUUAUUAGGGUUUCCUUUAUCCGUGAUGAAGUUGAAAACUUGGGGCGGGAGGUUGAUUAUCAGCUUUUUACCUACUACUGCCGGAUUUUGGUCACUGAGUCGCGCCGAUCUAUUGACCGUGGUGCUGGCACUCCGUCAAGCAGCAGUGUUUCUGGAAGAGGAGGAGGCAGUGGAGGAAGUCGCAGAGGCAGUGGUGCCAGUGGAGGAUCGAGCAGUGGAAGAGAUGUUUCAUACCGCGGCUGGAGGCAAAGCCUCAGGGGACAAGGACAGGGACAAUAA